CACAAACCAAGGUCCCGGAACUUCUCGAUGGGACGCUGCCAGCCCCGCGCAGGGGUGAGCGCGCGCAGCCAUAGCGCAGUCCUAACUCAGUAGAGGCGGUUAAACUUUUCGUCACAAAGUAGGUGGGUUCCCUGAGCCCCAGGGACGCAGGAGACCGGUGCUCGAGGGCAGCUCCGGGGCAUCCUUGCAGCCGGUCACCCCUCCCCCUUCCCCGCGGGCUUUUGCACACGACGCGCGGCGGGCCGCUUCACACGGGGUGGCAAGGGCCAGAUAAAGCGGGAGGACGCGGGGCACGGAGAGGAGGGAGCGCUCCGCGCGCAAAGCCGGAGCUGGAGCGGCGAGGCAGCGAGACCGUCUCACGGUGGCCCCAGCGCGGCCCGGGCCGGAACAGGCGCGCGGCAGAGGCGGCGGGCGAGGGGCGCACGCGGGGCGACGCGAGCGGCACGAGGGGCUCACCCCGCAGGAGAGUGCGCGCCCCACAGCGCCUGGCGCGCAACUUCUGGGGCUCAUUUCGACUGGCGUCCGCGCGCGGCUUCCCCACCCAGCGCGGGGCGAGCGGGGCCGCAUGAGGGCCGUGGAUAAAGAGCAUCUGUUGGACGCCAGGCCCGGAGCUCGGUCGUACACGGGAUCUCUGUGGCAGGAUGGAGUUGGCUGGAUUUCUUUGCCCCCACCUGGUGUGGACUUGCCGGGCAUUGAGCUGGCUGUGGAGAACAACCAUUACUGUCACGCCCAGAAGGGUCCUGGCAGUCACUGCGACCCCAAGAAGGAGAAGGCCCGUCGUCAGCUCUAUGUGGCCUCUGCUAUCUGCCUGGUGUUCAUGAUUGGGGAAGUCAUUGGUGGAUACCUAGCACAUAGCCUAGCGAUCAUGACCGACGCAGCCCAUCUGCUCACUGACUUUGCCAGCAUGCUUAUCAGCCUCUUCUCUCUCUGGAUGUCUUCUCGGCCGGCCACCAAGACCAUGAACUUUGGCUGGCAGCGAGCUGAGAUCCUGGGAGCCCUGCUCUCUGUGCUGUCCAUCUGGGUCGUGACUGGGGUACUGGUGUACCUGGCGGUGGAGCGGCUGAUCUCUGGGAACUAUGAGAUCGAGGGGGAGACCAUGCUGAUAACGGCAGGCUGUGCUGUGGCUGUGAAUAUCAUAAUGGGGUUGACUCUUCACCAGUCUGGUCAUGGGCACAGCCAUGACCCCAGCCAGCAGCAGCAGAACCCCAGCGUCCGAGCUGCCUUUAUUCACGUGAUUGGUGACUUGCUACAGAGCUUGGGCGUCCUGGUGGCGGCCUACAUUUUAUACUUCAAGCCAGAGUACAAGUAUGUAGACCCCAUCUGCACUUUCCUCUUCUCCAUCCUGGUCCUGGGAACAACCUUGACCAUCCUGAGAGAUGUGAUCCUGGUGCUGAUGGAAGGGACCCCCAAAGGCGUGGACUUCACGGCUGUGCGGGAUCUGCUGCUGUCAGUGGAGGGGGUGGAAGCCUUGCACAGCCUGCAUAUCUGGGCGCUGACCGUGGCCCAACCUGUGUUGUCUGUCCACAUCGCCAUCGCUCAGAACACAGAUGCCCAGGCUGUGUUGAAGGCAGCCAGCGCCUGCCUGCAGGGCAAGUUCCACUUCCACACCAUGACCAUCCAGAUCGAGGACUACUCCGAGGACAUGAAGGACUGUCAGGCAUGCCAGGGCCCCUCGGACUGACUGCCUGGCCUGGCACUAACUGGGGCACAGAUGGAUCUGCAGAUGGCAGGGCCUAGCGUCCCCCAUGGCCAUCCAGGACUCUGUUUACCCCGGCUGUGUUUUGAACCAGAUCCCUCUCCGGACCUCUGCUCCAUGCUCAGUGGAGGAGCCUUGCCCACUCCAGGAG